AUGAAAAGACAAAAUGUAAGAACUCUCAGUUUGGUGGUGUGCACAUUUACAUAUCUUUUGAUAGGGGCUGCUGUUUUUGAUGCAUUAGAAUCAGAAACAGAAUAUAAAAGAGGGAAAUUUUUAGAAGAAGUAAGAGAUAAUUUAAAAAGAAAAUACAAAAUCUCUGAUGAAGAUUAUAAAAUGGUAGAAGUGAUCAUUAUUGAAAGCAAACCUCAUAAAGCUGGUCCCCAAUGGAAAUUCACAGGAGCAUUUUAUUUUGCAACUGUUGUUCUUGCCAUGAUAGGCUAUGGUCAUUCUACACCAGUAACCAUAGCUGGAAAAGCUUUUUGUAUGGAGGCAACAGAAAUGAAUUUAAUGAUGGCUACAGGUCUUUUAUCAUCAAUAAUAAUAACCACUGGAGCUGCUGUAUUUUCUCGAUAUGAGGGUUGGACAUAUUUCGAUUCUUUUUAUUACUGUUUUGUUACUUUAACUACAAUAGGUUUUGGAGAUUAUGUAGCACUACAGAAUGAUCAAGCUCUAACUCAAAAACCUGGUUAUGUAGCUCUGAGUUUAGUCUUUAUACUAUUUGGUCUUGCUGUUGUAGCUGCCAGUAUAAACUUAUUAGUUUUAAGAUUUAUGACAAUGAAUGCAGAAGAUGUACGAAGAGAAGAUGUAGAGCUUCAGGCUUCUACUGAACACGUAAUAACAUUAGACGAUGAUGUGGUUAAUGUCAAUGGGAAACUAUUAGCAGGCCAUAUUGGAACAGCCAUGGGAUCAGAUGUUGAUCAAAUUUCUGUUUGCUCAUGUACUUGCUUGGGUCCAGCUAAAUGCCAAUCCCAUGUAUUUUUAGAACCAGGAUAUCAACCCAGAUGCCGAAAAUUCUUAUUCUAA